AUGGCGCGUUCCAGUGAUGGCGACAGCGAUGACGCCAUGCAACACAGUAAGCCACUGCGGCAGCAGAAGAAGCUCUGCGAUGAAGCCAUGGAGCUUGUGAAUGCCGGUGUGGCCAUGCAGAAUGCGUCCCCGCCAAAUACAGCGGGAGCCGACGCUAAGCUUUCACGCGCCGUGACACUCAUGGAGCAGGCGCUUGCAAUUGAAUACCCGACGCAAGAGGAGCGUGACGCCAGCCAGCGUCUGAAUAAUAAGAUGAAUCGCUACGUCAAAAUGAUACGUAGUCAGCGCGAAAAGGGUGCGACUACUGGCGCCACAGGUCGUGGACACAAUACUAAGGACAACAUUCUUCCCAUGGAUAAGUUACCAGCCACGUACAACGCCGUUGUUGAGCUCUUGACCAACUCAUCAGCGGUCGGGGAUGUCUUUCAAAGUCUCAAGACUACGUUUGGCUUCCAAGAAGCAAAUGUUAACAACCAGAAGGAGCAUGUUUUGUUGAUGCUGACGAAUUUCAAGCUUCAGGAGGACGAACCUAACUCGAAUAGUGAGGACCACCACCAUCUUGAUCGACAGCAGGAGCUGGACAUGGCUAACAAGGGAAUCAAGCGCUUCCAUGCACGCAUCUUUGCUAACUAUAUUAAGUGGUGCAAGUACGUGUCGACUAAACCUGCAUUUACGAGCGAUCCAGUGGUAGAUAUCGUGCUAUUUUUUCUGAUUUGGGGAGAAGCGGGAAACUUUCGGCAGAUGCCCGAGUGUCUUUGUUUUCUACUUCAUACGUUACUACCUCAAGCUUCAUCACGAGGUGGGGGCAAGAACCCAGGCGAUUUUUUAGUGGAGAUUAUCCGUCCCAUGUAUAAUGAAUUUAAAAAAGAUAACGACAAGAAAACAGCACAAGGAGCUCGAGCGCCUCACGCAGAGAUUCGAAAUUACGAUGACUUUAAUGAGUUUUUUUGGAGCAAAAAAUGUCUUAAGUACAAUCCGACAUCGAUCCACGAAGCUUUCGGAGAAGUAGAUAAAAAGGGUCGUCCCAAGAUCAUAAAGAAGAGUUUUGUCGAAAAGCGCACAUGGCUUCGUGCAAUUAUUUCGUUCCGUCGAAUAUUUUGCUUCAAUUGUGCGCUUUUCCUGGCAGUGUGUGGAUUCGCGCUCAACAUGGUCAUGUAUUGCCCCGACACUGCCAUUUUGUAUGGUGCAGAGUUGAGUAAUGGAGACUCGCGCGGUUUUACUGUCUUUGGUAAGAACUUUACAGCGUCAGAUGUUACUGGCGUGGGAUCUGGUGAUGGAGCUGAGGACAAGUCGAGCUCGGGAGAUGGACCGACAUGCAAUCAACAAAUGCUGGCAACAUGUCUUGGAAUGACCUACACGAGUGACAUCUUCGAUACAAUUCCCAUUGAUUUCAAGGCGCUGCUUCAGGUUGUGCCGUUUACUGACUGUGUUGAAAAGACCACGGGUCGGUGUGGAUGCUAUCUGGAUCUUAUUGACAACUGUUUUACGGAAACUGGCCAGACAUUGAAGGUCACUGAAGAUGAACUUACAUUUUCGUCUUCGAGUGAAUUUGAUCAAAGCAUGUGUGUGGUGAACUGGCGUGCUGCUGUUGAGUCGAUUAUCAAAAAGCCUGGUCCAGGAAAGCUGAACUGUGAAAUUUGCCAGCUGGAUAUUAAGGCUCUGAUUACAAACGGAAAGAUUGGAGAGCUAAUUAGUGGACUACUUUCUUUUGGUGAUGGCAAACCACUUGAAACUGGAGAUAUUGAUAACCCGAAACGGACAGACAUGGGUGGACUCGCCAUGGUCGGAGGUGGAGCGUGCCUGGCUCUUGUUCUUGCAUGCGAAUUUUUCAAUAAGAUUUCCUCGCGUAUCGCCUCGGGCUAUGUAGGUCGCUCGAUGCCUGUUCCAAUGCGUGCGUACUGUCGAUACACUUGCUUUUGGCUUCUACUGUUUGCUUGCAAGCUUACAUUUGACUACCAAUACAUGAUCAAAGCUCUCGUGGAGACUACGUUAUUCAUUUGGUACGCAAAAGAAGACGACUACCUUCCCAUUCUUUGUGUUUAUGUACGACGCACAGAUUUUUUACUCGGUCUUGUCGGUGAUUUUCGGCUCUUUUGCUGGAUUUAA